UCCUCUAGUUUCUCUUAAGUUGCUACUCUUGAGUUCAUCCAACCGUUUAACCCAUUCAAUGGGAGAAGAGUGCUCUCUUGUGUGAGGGUGCAACACAAACAGUGAAUUUUAUAUUCACAGUUUGGAAACAUGAAGUUGAAUGACUCCCCUAAUCUGUAUUAUUAGGCAAGUCAUUAAAAUUUGAAAAUCAAGGGCAAAGCGGGCGAAGAAAGUUGAAUUUGAUUUGAUUUUUCGUGCAACACACACAAAACGCAAACGCAAAAACGAAGGGCUGUAUUUGUGAGAGGCAACAAUGGAGGUAGAGGAUGACUGGGACAUGACCGUGGAAGAACUCGAUUCUCUUGAACGCGAUGCUUUCCUUCUUCUCAACAAUUCAAUGUGCACCAACAGCAACAGCACCAUUUUCCAAAACCACCUUCUGCCAACCCUUCCCACCAAACCCCAUUUCCGAUUCCCGUCCUCAAAGGAAAACAAAAUAAUGCAGAAGAAUCAAAAGACGUUUGCUACUACAGUCUUAGUAUUCUUCCCUGUACCCUGUGGUUCAGUUUCUGGAAGGAGAACUACUCAUAGUGUGUUUGUAUUGCAAUCCAGGUGGACGCUUUGCCUCAAGGAAAAAAAUGAGCCUUCUAAAGAACUGCCGAAGUUUUCUGUCAAACUUUUUCUCCAUUCAGUGGGCAUGUUGCAGCGAAAUUCCAAUAUGACCUGGUUUCACAUGCUAACUUCAUCAAGAGUAUUGAAUUAUAUUUCUAUUGAAAAUUUUGAAUUUUCCAUAAUUAGGGGCUAUGUCAUUGACCUUGAACAAGUUCCUGUAUACUCAUGCUUUAUAGGCUAUGUUUCAUGGCAGGUAAUAAUUUCUGCUUUUCGGAGAAUUCCAAGAGCUUCUUGGAAUGCAAAAGAAAGGUCUCUCUCUCUUCCAGCAAUAAGUUAUGGAUGUUCCGCUUUCUUCCUUGUAAGAAGCAGAGAAGGUUCUAGGAGAAAUCUAAUUAUAAAGUUCAGAUUAUCAAAAUAGUGUUCAAAGCAGAGAACUCUUGAACAGUUUUGUCAGAAGAUGUGAUAAAGUGGAUAGGUUGGAACAUCAGCCUGACCCAAAACGACCCCGUCAGUCAUGACUUGCGAGAUGCGCAAGAUGGAUUGGAAAGUGAAUCCAUUUCGCACAUACGAGACCGGUGGCAGGUGAAUCGGAACUUAAAUCUUGAUGUCUUCAUGCAGAAGUUUUCCUGUAGUAUUUAACCAUAGGUACAUGGGGAAUUACACCUUUGAUGACACAAAUGCCUUUUGAAGUUAAAAUCCAUUGUACAACAAAUAACAGAUUAUGAGUACAACUUACAACACUAAACUAUGUUGCUGGUGCUGGAGAAUGGAGAUAAUGGUUUGGUUAUUGGGAGAAAAUGUUGAUCAAGUCUCCCAUUAGAUUUUAGGUUCCACUUGUUCUUAACUUUUUGCUCCCCUAGUUAAUGUAUGGGGCUUUGUACAGAGUAGUAUAUUAUCAUAUAUGAAUUACACGUGUAAAGAAUUUCUUUACACCAUAUAAAUUUUAAUCUAUAUGCAUGCAUGUAUCAUUUUAUUUUUAGAAUUGAUUAUCUCCGAAUACAUAGAUGUUAACUGAAAAUGAAAGAGACACAUGAUAACUUGAUAAGUUGCAAUGCUACCUUAUCUUGAAAUCAAAUCAUAACAACCAAUCAAGGGCAUGAUAGAAAAGUAAAAUCUAGAAUUUAUCCAAAAUCCUAGAAAAAGUAGGGUCAUCAUCACUUAUUUAUGUUAACAACAGAAUGAAACCAUGAUAUCUCAAAAAGCAUAAGCAAGAUGUCAUCAUCACUUAUUCGAAAUUCACUAAGACGAGUGAAUGCCAACAGCAAUAGUGCAAAUAUUUCAAAAAGCAUAGAUGAUUUUAAGCUAAAGAGAAUAUAGACACAAUUCGAGUAAGAUCAUAAUCCUCAAAGACAUUAAUAUUUAAUUCAUUGUUCAUUCAUAAUCCUAUUAAAAACGACGAUAAAAAGCCACAGGAAAUAACAAGAAAAGUUGCUAUAUUACUCUGUGGUAUGGUAAAAUCUUCGACCCUUGGUAGGUGGCCAAACAAAGGCGUAGCGCAUAUCAUUAGCAGGGUUUCAGUUCUUCAUGACGUAGACACACCUCUUAUGAACAGUCACUUUUAAGAAAUCUCGCUCCAUGGGAGGAGCCCCACUGUCAAGUUGUAAUGCUGCAAAGUCCUCCAACAGGGACAGAGUGAAAAUUGAGAAGCAGAACGCCAAUGAUUAGGAUCCGGAAUCCAAUAGUUCAGCAGAGAGUAUUGCACACACCUUCCCGUUGCCAAGGUCAACAAGAUUGACUCUGGCCCUAUCUGUCAUCCAAGGUUGGAAACCCUCAAAAAACAAAUCAAGGUAUU